AUGAAGUACCCGAGGCUUACAGAGAUCGGCAUCUGCCUGGUGCUCUACGAGAAGAGAUUUGGGCUCCUUCAGAAGAAUGCAGGGGAUGAGGCUUUGAACUUCAUCAUGGCCAUCAAAACAAUGAUGAGCACGUUUGGGAGGAUGAUGGUCACCCCAGUCGAGCUGCACAAGAGCCUCAACACCAAAGUCUGGCAGGCCCACACGCUGGCCUGGGACACCAUUUUCAAAUCAGUCAAAUCUUGUGUCAACCAGCAGUUAGAGAAGUACAGUGAGCAGCCUGGCACAGAUUUCCUUUGUGACAUUUAUCACCACAAUCGGCUUUCGAAGAAAGAAUUGUACGCGGCCGUCACGGAGCUGCAGCUGGCUGCAGUAGAAACGGUAAGUGUGGGCCUGAUGUUUCAGUUGCUCACUAAACAGUCUGCAAAAUCUUUUUCACGAAGUGUUUUAAAUAGUCAUUCAACAACGCACACAUGCCACGUGGAUCGAUCGAGCUCUGGCUUAGCACAAAGGAGAAACCCCAUCCUAGGUGCCGUGGGAGCCCCAAUGCACAGCCUUUGUGCUCGAACAUAUACUGGAAGGGAAGCUGUCCCAGGGACUCCUAUCCUAGUGACAAAACUCCAGAGCAGGACAUAAGAGCUGUGACACGCAGGCCAGCUGCUGCAGGAAUUCAGAAGCUGUGAAAUUCCGCAGACAGAGGGU